GUUGAUGGUCUGUCACAUUUCACACUGACACCGACCGAACGGAGGAUCAUACACCACUCAAAAGAUCACCAGUGCGUUGGUGCCUGGAAUAUCGUGUAUUUGACUGAAUUCUGGUGCCUUUUGGAGGAAGCAAAAACGACGGAAAGGAAACCCCCCAAAGGAAAUGCCAAUCGCCACCACUGGUCAACCGACAACUCAAGAGCCCCGCGUUUGUUCCCAACUCCCCGCAACCCCUGAGCCCAUUCCGAAACGGUCAAAUUUAUGUGACGACACGGGGGGACAUUCACAAGACCUAUCGCACGGGGGACCGGAGGUGGUUAGAGGCGCUCGAAACCAUAGCCAGACCGCCGCCAGGCUCCCUCUAGCUCUCGGAUCCUCCUCUCCGUCGCAAUCCCCUCCCACGUCCUCCCACCUCUCCAGUUCGCUCCACCACCAACCCCCUCCCAUGGCAACGGAACCACCUAGGACUCGAUCGCGUUCGCGGUCUGGAUUUUACCAAUGUGGUGUGAGUGGAGGACCUAAUGGUAACAACAAUAGCAGCAGCAGCAUCAACAACGGUAGUAACAUUCAUAAUACUGGCGGAGCGAUCGGCGUGAGCCAUACACAGCAGCACAACUCCGGAUGUGUACCGUUCGGUGCUCACGGUCACACGGAAAAUCUACGCCCCCCUGGAGGGAUCCUGUCUCCUGGUGCACACAGACACUCAGGCCCCAGCGCUCACAGAAACCUUGGCGCAGGAGCCAUCGGGGGAGCUUACCACUGCCACCCAGACCAUGCGUGUGCGGAGGGCGCUGAUAAGGUGGAGGACAGCCCGAGUCCCAAGCGCCAGCGUCUGUCGCAGCACUCGGUGCUGGAGCUGACUUCGGCGCCGCCCCAGACGCCCUCGCCCCCCAUGAGGCCGUGGGAGCUCCCGCCCACGCGCAGGACACACCCCUACACGCACACACACUACCAGCCCGAGCGCUGCCACACGCCCGCACGCCACCGCCGCAGCCCACCUGUGCGUCGUCAGCGCAGCCGGCGUGAGCGGUUGUCACGGCAGCACCCGCCGCACCACGGCUCUCCUGGAGGCGGCCAGGAUGAGAACUACCGGCACCCGGCGCAUGUGCCCCUGCCCCACCAGAGCUACCCCUACAGCCAGCACCCCCCGCCCCCCGGCCUGGAGGAGCCGCGCGCCUUCCACCCCCCCACGCUCUCCCCGCGCCUGCUGCACCCCCAGCAGCAGGGAGCCAUGCUCAUGGACCUGCACGAACAGCUCCCUCAGGGCACAGUGCCGGUGUCGUACACGAUGUCUCCGAUGCCCCCUCACGCGCUGCCCCCUCCCCUCUGCAGUGGGCAGCACAUCCCCGCCUGCUCCUCGCAGCAGCAGGUGCCCGCCUGCUCCGUCGUCUUCAGUGGACAACACUACCCUGUCUGCAGCGUACCGCCGCCGAUGCUGCAGGCAUGUUCGGUUCAGCAUCUACCAGUUCCGUAUGCCUUUCCCUCCCUGCUGUCCAGUGACCCGCCUUUCCUGUUGCACCCCCCACACCUCUCCCAUCACCCCCCUCACCUCCCACCGCCAGGACAAUUUGUGCCCUUCCAGACACAGCAGUCUCGCUCGCCCCUGCAGAGGAUUGAGAAUGAGGUGGAGUUGCUGGGCGAGCACCUGUCUGUAGGCGGGGGCUUUAACUACCCCCCCUCGGGCCACCCCAGCCCUCUGCCCCCACAGACGCCCCUGCAGUUCCUCUCCCACGACCCACUGCCACAGGAGCUCUUUGGAGUGCCGUACCCUCCCUUCAUGCCCCGGCGAAUCACAGGCCGUCGCUACCGCUCCCAACAGGCAGCAGCCCCUCCUCCAAUACACCCCAGCUUCCUGCCCUACUUCCUGUCCAUGUUCCCAGUUCAGCCCACUGUAGGUCCAGCCAUCAGUCUGGAGCUGGAUGUGGACGAUGGAGAAGUGGAGAAUUAUGAGGCCCUGCUGAAUCUGGCGGAGCGUCUCGGGGAGGCCAAGCCACGGGGCCUGACGAAAGCAGAUAUAGAACAGCUGCCUUCCUACAGAUUCAACCCCACUAACCAUCAGUCAGAGCAGACGCUGUGUGUCGUGUGUAUGUGUGACUUUGAGUCUCGUCAGCUCCUGAGAGUUCUACCCUGCAACCAUGAAUUCCAUGCCAAGUGUGUCGACAAAUGGCUCAAGGCCAACAGAACUUGUCCUAUAUGCCGAGCGGACGCCUCGGAAGUGCAGCGCGACUCCGAGUGACCUCUGACCUAACCUGAGUCACCCUGCCCCACAAAUGCACACACACACACACACACACACACACACACACACACACACUCUGAGCUGUACCCACCGCUGUACCCACUAACCCUAGACGCAACGUGUGUAUAUACAGUUCAUUCAUCUCAUCAUGAAUUACAUUCUCUCUCUCUUUCUUUCUUUCUUUCUUUCUCUCUCUCUCUCUCUCCUCUCACCCAUCUGUGAGCACUCUUCUUUUUCUGUCUCUCUGCAUUACAUAUACAUCCUUGUCUGGGUUUGUUUAGUCACUAACUCUUGAGAGUGGAAGUCCAAAGAUAGUCCUCUUUAUUUUAUUAAUAUUAUAAUGGUUGUAAUUAUGCCUCCUGAUUAUGUUCUGUUCUAGAAUAGUUUGUUCUGAUGUCAAAUGCAUUAUUAUGAUUUUUAUUUUUUUUCUCUCCUUUUUUAUUGCGGUUGGUCGAUUGUGGUCUCUAGUGCUUGUGUGGGUGUGAGUGGCACAGUGUGGGUGAGUUUGGUGCGUGUUUGUGCACUAACAUUCCUGGGUAACCGAGCGCACUUGUCAAUGUGGCUGUAGGCUCCGCGUGCAUGUGCAUUUUUAUAUAUUAAUGUAUCUAUCAAUAUAGAGGGAAAAAUAACCACAAACUUUCAUAUGAAUUUAAAAAAAAGUAAUGGUGUGUUCUUUUUUUUUCUUCCAAAACUGAGAAACAGAUUUUAUGAUAUAUUAAGAUGAAUUUGGAAGGGUGGGAAAUGGUUGAGGGGCUAUAUGAUCUACCAGUCUUAGGGAGUUGGAAUACUGUGAGGUGGGCAUGUGUGAUAUGUGAGUGAUUGUAUGUGUGUGUGUGUGUGUGUGUGUGUGUGUGUGUGUGUGUGUGAGAGAGCAAGAUAUGUGUGUGCGUGUGUGUUAUUUAUGCAGUAUGCGUGGUACAGUACACUGGCUUAACCUGUUCAAUUCGGUUUGCUCCACUCUGAUUGGCUGAGGUGCACACUGACACAGCGUAUGAUUGGUGGGGAGGCAUGAGGUAUUAGCAAAUUUGUAUUUUUUUUUAUUUGUCAGAAAGUGGUCCUUCAUACUUCAAUCACUGAGUCCUUGAAAGCACAUUCAUUUUCUUCUCUCCCUCUCUCUGAUCUCAUUAUGAGCAAGAUUCUAGAGGUUGAGUAACGGCACACACACACACACACACACACACACACACACACACACACAAAUACGAACAUACCCCUCACUUUGUCAAGGUCUGUACAGAGUCACUGCCAGAUCCACAAGGGGAAGUCCUUAAUGUGUUAGUUAGGUAGACAGGACGCCAAGUGGGGUUGGGUGUUAUGUGUGCACAGGGUGAAAUCAAACACUGUAGCAUCAUGAAUAUAAAGGGAACUCUACACUUGCACACAAUACUGAUUAAUUAACAGGUACAAACGUAUAUUAGUAUUAAUGUAUUUUUCUGCGUCCCAUUUCUCCCUCCAAUAUCCCCCACUGAGCGCGUGCAGUACCACACCUUUGAUACUUCACCUGUCUGUCAUGAAGCCAGCUCAGAGCCGUUACAGCAAUAUGCUAGAUUUCAGCAUGUGGACAUUUUACCUUAAAGACAUUACACUCUGUUUAUUGCUGUGUGUGUGUGUGCUUGUGUGUGUGUGAGAGAGAGAGUGAGUGAGGUUGUGUGAUUUAGGUUUAUAUUCAUGUUACAAAUCCUUCAAAUGCAUUUAGCCGGCAGCAUGACAGGUGUGAAGGUGUCUCAGGGGUGGAACUGCCAGCCGGAGCCCACAGUGUCUUAAUGAGAGAUGCCUUUAGCUGUUCGUCCGUUCUCAGCAUCAGUGUCAUAGGUGGUCACCGUGGUGACGUGUGUCCAUGUGCUGCCCUCUGCCCUCUGCCAUUCCGUAUGACACGUGUGCUUGUGUGCUCCGCCGUCACGUCAGCGCUGGUGCAUUAGGAGCUCACUCUGCCUGGUACACUAGCGCUUACCUCAUGUUCACUAUUUAUCUAAACCUGCACCAACAUUUCCUCAUCUGCUAUUACUUUGCUUUUGUUAUUAUUGCUUUGGUGUGGUUUGUAUUUUUUAUUUUUCCCAUUUAAAACACAAUUGUAUCAUUUAACAUGAUGUUUCAUAUGUAUAAUAUCUGUAACCAAAAUCAUUUGAAGGCUUGAUAUAAAAGAUUUUUAACAGACAUUUGUACAUUUUUUAUCAGAGUUAUUACUAGUGAUGCUUUACUAAGUAGUGCAAUUUUUUUCCAACUCCUGGUACCAGUCUUUUGGAUCUCAAAGGGUGGUUCAAUAAUAAAUACAUUAUGUUCUCUUUC